AACCAAACCCAAGGCGAAGGGAAAUUCGACGACGAAAAAAAAAAAGCUCGGAAGUUUCUUUUCAGUCUCCCCAGCCGUGCGAGGACCCGACCAGGAGGAGCCGAGGAGGAGAGCGGAGAGGAAGGAGGAGCCCGCCGCCGCCGCCGCCGCCGCCGGUGAGGAGUUCGAUUUCUGCGAGGGGGAGCGAUUGCGAGGGUUGCAGAGGAGGAGGGAUUUGGGAUGGCCGGCCAGGACCAUGUGGUGGUUGAUGUGGAUGGCUUGGCGAAACCCAAGGACGACGGGGUCGCCGAGAAGCCGUCUGAGGGUGUGGCCACUUCGGCGGCUGCUGCGUCUCCGUCCGCGGUCGUUGACGUGGUCAAGGAGGAGGAGGAGGGCGGUGGUGGGGAGGAGGAGCCGCUCAUCCAGGCAGCUGAGUGCCGCAUAUGCCAGGAGGAGGACAGCGUCAAGAACCUCGAGAAGCCGUGCGCUUGCAGUGGCAGCCUCAAGUAUGCUCAUAGAGCUUGUGUUCAACGCUGGUGCAAUGAGAAAGGAGACACUACAUGUGAAAUUUGCCAUCAGGAAUACAAGCCUGGUUACACCGCACCACCUCGUGUUGAACCAGAUGAGACAACCAUAGACAUCGAUGGAGAUUUGAUUAUGGACCCAAGAAUUCUCGCUGUAGCAGCUGCCCAGCGUCGUCUUCUUGAGGCAGAGUAUGAUGGUUAUGCUACUACAGAUGCAAGUGGUGCUGCAUUCUGCCGUUCUGCUGCACUUAUUUUAAUGGCACUGUUGCUGCUGAGGCAUGCAUUGUCCAUCUCAGACAACGAAGGAAACGAUGAUGAUGCUUCUACCAUGUUCUCACUUUUCUUGCUGCGAGCUGCUGGGUUUCUGCUGCCGUGCUAUAUUAUGGCCUGGAUCUUCAGUAUUUUGCAUCGCCGGCGACAGAGACAGGAAGAGGCUGCACUGGCGGCAGCAGAGGUGGCCUUCAUCCUACAGUCAGCCCGGGGACGCGCCCUCCAGUUUGCUCCAGAGUCCCCUGCCACUCCGCAGCAGGAGCAGGAGCCAUCCCCGCAGCAGCAAUAGCUAGCAACGCAGCCUCAGUAGUUCGUCACGACUACCGUACAUCCCUGGUUGUUUCGUUGUUUAUGCCCACUGAUUGAAGAAGGUCGUGCCGGCUUGGCUUCUGCUUCCUAUUUGCCAGGUAGGAUGCCACACACACACUUCGAUUCAGCGGAAACUCUCUGUACCUUGUGUUCGAGCGAGUGUCAUCGAAGCAUCGAACUUAAUGUAAAUUCAUUGUUUACAUUCUCCCGUUGAGUUACUGUGACCGGAAUUUGAGUUUUAUCUCAUUACUUUGGAGGACGUGUCUGAGUAAAUCGGCAGGUUCUUAGUGAUACGAAAAUA